AUGACUAAUCCAAGUGUCCAUUUUGAAAAUUCAGAACGAGAUCCAUUACUGAAUACAACAGAUUCGAGUCUAUUAAACACUCAAUCAUAUCGAAGACGUACAUCAACAGCUAUCAAUACUGCCUCAAGCAAACAACGUUUUCUUGGCAUUCGUAUAUGUUAUUUUGGUAUAUUUGUCAGUUCAAUUGCAUUUUCAAUUACAGUACCGUCUCUCUGGUCAUUCUUACUUGUUGUAGACAGAACGGCUGAAGCUACGUUUCUAGGCUGGCUAGUAGCAUCGUUUAGUGUCGGUCAAUUGAUUGGUUCACCAUUAUUCGGUUAUUUUGCAACUAAACUUAAUUCAAAUAAAGCUCCAUUAUGCAUUAGCACAUCAAUGAUUGUUGUAGCCAACAUACUCUAUGCGUACAUUCAAGGAAUUCAUAUUGGAUUUUCAAGCAAGUGGUGGCUAAUGAUAGCAAGAUUUGUGAUGGGAGUUGGUGCAGCUAAUUCGUCCGUUAUGCGAUCAUAUUGCUCCCAAGCUACAACUGUUACAGAACGAAUGAGUGUAAUGGCUAAUUUAUCAGCAUUUCAAGGAAUCGGUUUCAUAUUGGGACCAUUAAUACAAGCUCUUUUUGGCUUUCUUGGUUAUCCUGGUCCAAUACAAAAGCCAUGGGUAAAACUAGCUACAAUUCACAAUAGAGUUUAUGAUGAUAGAGAGCGUCGAGAAAGCACAUUAGCAAUAUUUUGUUGUUUAUAUUUAUUUUUUAUUACAUAUCUGGUAUUUACAAAUUACGAAACGAUUGCUUCGCCACUGUCUAUUGAUAUGUAUUCAUGGUCGAAAGAACAAAGCACCACGUACAAUGGCUAUAUUUUAGGUGGACUAGGUGGUCUCUCAGUUAUUGUUUUGAUUGUCACAAAAUUUAUGGCCAAGAGACUUUCCGAACGUCUGUUGAUGUCUAUUGGUUUGACCAUAUCUUUUAUCGGUUAUUUCACAUUUUUACCAUGGGGUACUGAUUAUCCAUCAAUUCAGAUAGGCACUUAUACACCCGAGCUGAGUGUUAAUUCUUCUCCAGCUGUGCCUUCAACCACUGGUAGUUCAGAAGAAAAAGGUUGUCCGAUGGAUUAUCAUUGGUGUUAUUCAGUACCAAGAGUGCAAUUAUGGCAAUUUAUUUUAUCCGCUAUUAUUAUAACUAUUGGAUUUUCGAUAUGUAAUGUGAUAUCGUUUGCAUUGUUUUCAAAAAUAUUACAAAAUAGACCACAAGGUACAAUGAUGGGCUGGUUGAAUGCUGCCGGUGCUUUUGCAAGAGCAUUUGGGCCAAUCGUUGUUGGAUUUGCAUAUAAGCACUAUGGUCCUCGAAUUAUGAUGAUAAUGAUGUUAGUUUUUGUAUUUACAGGAAUAGCUGUAUUACUAUUCAAUUAUAAAAGACUUUAUGCAGAAGAGACAGAUGAGUCUGAUGAUGAGGACAAUAUUGCUGUUAACUGA